AUGAUUCGGAAUCUUAGCAAGACGUUAAAGUUACAAAAAGCACAUUUUGCGACUGCAACAGCGCCGGCACCCCACACCACCCCGGAUGUUUUGUACACUGGAAUAUUUAUCAAUAAUGAGUGGGUGAAAUCUGCUGAUGGCAAAACAUUUCCAAGUGUUAACCCUACCAACGAGAAAGUUAUUGCAGACAUUCAACAGGGUGGAAAAACAGACAUUGAUAAAGCAGUCCAAGCAGCAAAAGAUGCCUUCAAGCUGGGCUCACCAUGGAGGACAAUGGAUGCAUCUCAUCGGGGCUACCUUUUAAACAAAUUGGCUGAUCUUAUUGAGAGAGAUAGGACUUAUAUAGCAAGCUUGGAGACAUUAGAUAAUGGUAAGCCAUUCUUGGCCGCGUACUACGGAGAUGUAGCGGGCACCAUAAAGAACCUGCGCUACUACGCGGGUUGGGCCGACAAGAAUCAUGGCAAGGUGUUACCAACAGACGGCAAAUACUUUGCGUACACACGUCACGAGCCUGUUGGUGUUUGCGGUCAAAUAAUACCAUGGAACUUCCCGUUGUUGAUGGCGGCGUGGAAGUUGGGUCCCGCCCUUGCAACAGGCAACACAUUGGUGCUAAAACCAGCUGAACAGACGCCACUCACAGCUUUAUAUUUAGCACAACUUGUUAAGGAAGCCGGCUUUCCCGAGGGUGUAGUUAACGUUGUGCCAGGAUUCGGCGACGCUGGCGCAGCCUUAGUUGAGCAUCCCGAUGUCGAUAAAAUUGCUUUCACUGGUUCUACAGAAGUCGGUAAACUAAUCCAGAAAGGUGCUGCGGGCACAGUCAAGAGGAUCACUUUGGAAUUGGGCGGAAAAUCACCAAAUAUUAUAUUAAACGAUGCCGACUUAAACCACGCGGUGGAACAGUCUCACAUGGCGCUGUUCUACAAUAUGGGACAAUGUUGCUGUGCGGGUUCACGUACGUUUGUUCAAGACAAAAUCUAUGACAAAUUCGUUGAAAUGUCAGCGGAGCGUGCUAAAAGACGAAUUGUGGGCAAUCCUUUCGAUCCUAAGACUGAACAAGGACCACAGAUUGACUCGGAACAACACGAAAAAAUCCUUAGCUUGAUAGAAAGCGGGAAAAAGCAAGGCGCGAAUUUAGUAACGGGUGGCAAACGUCAAGGUGAUGCUGGAUUCUUCGUCGAACCCACUGUCUUCGCGGACGUCAAGGAUGAUAUGGAUAUCGCUAAGAUUGAGAUCUUCGGUCCAGUGCAACAGAUAAUAAAAUUCUCAGAUUUAGACGAAGUAAUCGCUCGCGCCAACAACUCAGAGUAUGGGCUCGCCGCCGGCGUCUUCACCAAGGACUUGGAUAAGGCCAAUUAUCUCAUUCAGGGUCUCCGUGCUGGUACAGUUUGGGUGAACGAUUAUAAUGUUUUCGGACAACAAGUGCCAUUCGGUGGGUUCAAGCAAUCAGGUCUUGGAAGGGAAAACGGACCGUAUGGUAUUAACAAUUAUACAGAAGUUAAGUCUGUAGUUGUUAGAUUGACGGAGAAAAACUCGUAA